AGGCAAUUGACGCGGCAACCUCGUUUAAAUUUGUUUAGGGUGCAGGUAGAAUAAAUCACAGGUAGAAAAGGGCCGAGCAGAAUUAAAAUCUCGUUACAUGCCACAUGCCGGAAAAUCCGAGUAAGUGAUUAGAAAGAAAGGCAGGGUUUUCACAAGCGGCCGCCUUGAAUUUUCCGAGUAUAAAGAGUGGCGCCCGUUAGCAGUCAGAACCAUUGUUCUGCCAGAACUAUAAGCGAAAUGGUGCACUUAGCGACUGAAAAGAAGACCCCGGAGAUGGAGCCCAAAGCCCCCAGGCAGCUCCAGCUGGGUGGCCACGUGGGGUUCGACACUCUGCCGGACCAACUGGUAAACAAGAGCGUCCAGAACGGUUUCAGCUUCAAUAUCUUGUGCAUUGGAGAGACGGCUCUCGGCAAAUCCACGCUCAUGGACACGCUGUUCAACACCAGCUUUGGGUCCUCCCCCAGUCCGCAUAGCCUUCCCAACGUUAAGCUGAAGGCAUGCACCUACGAACUUCAAGAGAGUAGCGUCCGCCUGAAGCUUACCGUAUGCGACACAAUCGGAUACGGGGACCAGGUGAACAAGGCUGAUAGCUAUAAGGCUCUUGUGGAGUAUGUUGACAGUCAGUUUGAAGCGUAUCUGCAGGAGGAGCUUAAAAUCCAGCGUGCGAUGGCCAGUGCCCACGAUGGACGUGUGCACGCCUGCCUGUACUUUAUAUGCCCCACUGGUCAUGGACUGAAAGCCAUGGACUUGGUGUGCAUGAAACAACUGGACACUCGGGUGAACAUUAUACCUGUUAUCGCCAAGGCGGACACCAUCUCCAAGUCGGAAUUGUCUGGCUUUAAGGAGCGGAUAAUGGAGGAGCUGCACCGGAACAAAGUAAGCAUCUACCAGUUUCCUACGGACGAUGAGACAGUGGCCGAUAUCAACGCCUCUAUGAAUGGACACGUGCCCUUUGCCGUUGUUGGCAGUACGGAGUUCGUAAAGGUGGCCGGAAAACAAGUCCGUGCUCGGCAGUAUCCCUGGGGAGCGGUACACAUAGAGAAUGAGGCGCACUGUGACUUUGUGAAACUGCGCGAGAUGCUCAUACGCACAAAUAUGGAGGAUCUGCGAGAGCUAACCCACACACGGCACUAUGAGCUCUUCCGUCAGCGGCGCCUGCAACAAAUGGGCUUUGUGGAUGUGGAUAGCAACAACCAGCCGGUAUCCUUCCAGCAGACCUUCGAGUCAAAGAGAUCCGACCAUUUGGCUUGCCUGCAGGCCAAGGAGGAAGAAGUGCGACAAAUGUUCGUGCAGAGGGUCAAGCAGAAGGAGAACGAGCUGAAGGACAGCGAGAAGGACCUGCACACCAAGUUCGAGCGACUAAAGCGAGAGCACAUUGAGGAGAAGGCCCAACUGGAAGAUGCGCGUCGCAAACUAGAGGAGGAUUGCCAGGAGUUGCAGCGCCGCAGGCUGCAAUUGACAAAUGGUACCCACACCCUCACCUUGGGCAGGGGCAAGAAGAAGUAGUCUCUUCUUACUCGACUCGAUAUUAAUUUUGCGAUUCGAGCGAUUUGCAAUUUAGAGUUCGGGGACUUAAAUAAAAAUUAGAUACAUAUAAAAAUAAUUUGUUAGUCUUUGACGUAGAUAUAAAAUCAUGACGAUUUUCUUUUACUUUUAGAUAAAAAUGCAAAAAAUAAAUAAAUACUUAACUGAACAAA